CGAAUGUUCGGUCAGUGGCUGAAAAAUCUCCCGAAGUUGCAUCAGCACCACAAGAUUGCUCCAGCAACUCGACCCCAAUCCUAAAAUAGGCACCGGCCCGCCGAACCUGCCUACUUUAGGGCACAACGGCUGUUCCCUACAUAGUACAUUUGUACAUGCAUCUCAGCAUCUGUGCCUUUCAAACUCGUUUUCGGAGUAGAUGGGAUGGCGCCAGAUUCUUGACCCUGGGCCGUUCAAAUCUGAAAAUCAAAGCUGACCAAAAUGAGACAGAAGCUCUCGAGACGCUAUGGAGAGAGACACUUCCUGAAUCGCGGGCAUCGUAGACAAGAUCCUUGGACCUGAAACCAGUUCGAGAAAUGGUUGAUGUGACUUGGGCCGCCGGUUCUCGUCGAUAAUUGUUCUCGAAUCAUACGAAACGGAUGCGAGCUUAUCUCUCAAGAUGUCAGUGUCCUCCAUGAAAGCCCGAGUCUUCCUCAAGAACAAUCAAAAUGUCCUCCAACUCCUUCACCGAUUCCAAUCCAAUCUGGCUGGUUUGGACAGUAAAAAGCUGGAAAUCACCCCGGCUGGACCGAAAGAGGUGAAGGCCAAGCCCGAAGUCAAAGACUUGGUGUUUGGCAAGAACUUCACGGAUCACAUGCUCAAGGUCCGAUGGACGGCCAAUGAAGGAUGGCACCAACCCAAGAUUACUCCAUUCGAGAACUUCUCCAUGCAUCCGGGAGCCAAGGUCUUGCAUUAUGCUCAGGAACUCUUCGAAGGCAUGAAGGCCUACCGUGGAGUGGAUGACAAGAUCCGGAUGUUCCGACCCAUGCACAACAUGGCCCGCAUGAAUGUCACGGCACAACGUGCCUGUCUGCCCACAUUUGAGGGCAGUGAAUUCGUCGAAUGCAUUAGAAAAUUGAUCCAGAUCGAUCAGGAAUGGGUGCCUCAUUGUACAUCUUCCUCGUUGUACAUCCGACCCACCUUGAUUGGCACGGAAGCCGCUUUGGGCGUCUCGCCAGCCAAUGAGGCCGAGUUGUAUGUGAUUCUGUGUCCCGUGGGACCUUAUUUCGCCACGGGUCUCAAGCCCGUCAAUCUCUUGGCUGAUCCCAACUUUAUCCGUGCUUGGCCAGGAGGUUGUGGAUUCGCCAAAAUGGGCAGCAACUACGCACCAACGCUUUGGAUUGGGAAACAUGCAGAGAAAUAUGGUUGUCAACAAGUCCUUUGGUUGUUCGGAGCGGAUCAUGAGAUCACCGAAGUGGGUGCUAUGAAUAUCUUUGCCCUCUUUGACCACGGCAGUGGCAAGAAGGAGCUUGUUACGCCUCCCUUGGAUCAGGGGAUCAUCUUGCCCGGUGUGACCCGCAGAAGCAUCAUUGAGCUCGUGUCAGAAUGGGGAGAGUUUGAGGUGUCAGAGCGAAAAGUGACGAUGAAAGAAGUGUUGGAGGCUAAUUCCAAAGGUCAACUCUUGGAAAUGUUUGGUGCUGGAACGGCGGCAGUUGUGAGCCCGGUGGGAGGCAUCUACUUUGAUGGGAAGAUGCAGCAGAUUCCCGUGCCCGAGACGAGUCUGGCUCAAAGAAUCAUGAAUUCCAUGUCGGACAUCUAUUAUGGCCGCGUGAAGCACAAUUGGGCCAUCGACGUUGAGGAGUGGAAGAUUGACCGCAAUCAGCACCUUCAGGAUUACGUCAAUGCCGAGGAAAAGCUCAGGCGAGUUGAGGCUGCCUAAUUGCGAUCUCUAGAAGACAAGAAGCCGUUGGAACCAAAGACUUGCACCCUAACCUAGUGCCGUAUAUUGACCUAUAUUACAAGAUCAACUUCAUCCAAAACCACCGCCACAACAAGAACAACGAAAACAAUAACAGCAUUCUCAUCGAUGAUGUUCGCUCUCCUUCUGAAAUGAUCGGCUAUACCUCAGCCAUUGAAACAAGUUGAGGUUAAGGUCAUUGAAACCAACUCCCCGUGCGAAUCGCUUAUCGUAUUGCUUCAAAAACAACUCGUGAAUCAAAUUGUCAUUGUAUUACUCUCCUUACAACAAACGAAGUGCACCACACAUCAACCACAAUACUCUGUAUUUAGCCGUCAAUCAAUCAUAACCCUCGUGGGGAUAUAAAGAAGAUACUUAGAAUAAAGUAUAUUUAAUUUUAAAUACUA